AUGUUUUUGCAAAUCAUUAUUGUAAUCUCUUCAUUGGUUGCCUUCUCUCAUGCCAGGAAUGGUAAUGGCCAAGGGCAUACUAGAACCUGCAUAAUUCCCUCAAAAUACGAAUCCUCAAACGGGACAGCGGAUGACUCCCCAGCCAUCGCUGCUGCCUUUGCAAAAUGUUCGUCAAACUCAAUCGUGGAGUUCAAGAAAGGUGUUGAUUACAAUGUCUUCAAACCAAUUUCCGCGAAGAACUUGUCAAAUGUGGUCAUUCGUCAAGAAGGCAACCUCCAUCUCCCCCAAAACAUCACCUAUAUUCAAGACCUGGUCACAACCUCAAAUUCACUUACAUAUACAACCGCCUUAUAUUGGUUCGCGUUUGCUGGUCCUAAAAUCCAAUAUAAAGGGUCGAAAGAUGUCACCACAGGGUGGAUAAAUUCAUAUGGUCAAGCAUGGUGGGAUGCCAAUCCUGUCAAUGGCACUGGACUUGCCAGUCGACCACAUCUUCUACAACUGAACACCACAAAAUGGGGUAUCAUCGACUCCUUUUCAACAUCCGGCGGCUUCCCAUUCAAUACCGAUGGAUUCGGGGUCACAGCUACAAAUGUCCAUAUUUCGGACCCAAUCAUCUAUAACGGUGACGAUGCAUGCGCUGUUCAAUCUGGUUCUCACAAUGUUCUGUUUGAGAAAGCGACGAUUGGAUAUCAAUCACACGGUUUAUCCAUCGGCUCCCUCGGGCAAAAUCAAGCUUCUUUCGCCAACGUGUCGAAUAUCCAUUUCCGUGAUGUGACGGUUGUUGAUGCUGUAUAUGCUGCUCGAUUCAAGAGUUGGAUCGGGGGUCAAGGGAUUGCGAAGAACAUUACCUGGGAAAAUAUCCGCGUAUACAAUGUUACGUUUCCGAUCUUCGUCACCCAGACAUAUUACAACCAAGGAUCCAACGCAACUCAACUUGAGCCUGGCCAGAUAACUGGACGUCCCAAUAACGCGAGUGUUAACAUGGAGGAUUUCACAUGGAAGAACUUCCGAGGAACGGUGAAUACUUUCGAGCCGGGUGAUGGAACUUGUGUCACAGAUCCGUGCUGGUAUAAUGCUGGACUGCCAAAUCUACAACAAACGGAAACCAUCAUCAUUGAAUGUAACACGCAGAAUUCUUGCAAGAACUUUAACUUGGUUGAUAUUGAGAUAUAUCCUCAGGAUUAUAGAAGCCCGUCGGUCAUCUGUAUUAAUGCUACGAGUGCCUUGAAUCCAGGUCUGGGAAUCGAUUGUGUGAAUGGAACGUUUGUUCCUUUGGGUUGA